UCUCCCUUAUAUGGUUUUGAAUGUUAGAGUCCAUAUAGUUGUACAUAGGGUCAGGUGUCAAAUCGGUUUGGUUUAUUUUUUUAUUUUUGAACGUAAACAUAGUAAAAGUCAGAGAGUACGACACCUAUCUUAGUUUUAGGGCACACAUAGAGUUAACCUUAUUGAAAUAACGUUGAUUAACCCAGUGACAUUUCAUUUUAGUUGUGAAAGAACAAAAAACAGAAAAAAGACCACCCACUUCAGCUUGUGUGACUGACUGGCAAUGUUCGUCUUCAAACUUCAUACUAAUACUUAUUAAUAGAUAUACAUCUCAUCAUCCUAAUGUGUGACUAGUGCCAACAAGUUCAAUAAUUAUUCCAGUACUUUUUACUAUUUGCUCACACACAUAUGCUGAAAGAGAAAGACUUUUAUUAAUUUUGAACUAACCAUUCUUUUUACAUUAUAAAUACCAUACCAUGUACAUAAAAUGAAAUGAAUAUCGGAAAUAUAUCGGUAAUGAAAGUGAAAUAAUGAAGCCAACAAUGGGAAGAAUAACCUGGAAAAUUAAUAAACUGCCGUCCAUGGUAGGAAGUUAUUUUAAAAACAAGAAGGAUCAGCUUGUUUUGACAUACAGAAGUUUGUUUUAUAAUGAAUAUACCUCACUUAAUACUCUCAUUGAUACAAUGAUGGAACCAUUGUUCUGGUGUGUGGAUCACUUUGCAAGAUAUUUAGGACCUAUCAUGGUGACGUUUGUUGUUAUAAUGAUAACAUUUGUUGUAUCUGUAUUCUAUACCUGUUUAUUACCUCAUGUUGUUUACACAUCACAUACCAUAGUUACAAUAACUCAUCUUAUAGUUGGACAUUGGUUAUUAGUAAAUAUUGUAUUUCACUAUGCUAUGGGAAGUUUUAGGAGUCCUGGUCAUCCACCUCCACUGGUACAGAACUCUGUUUCAAUCUGUAAGAAGUGUAUUUCUCCCAAGCCACCAAGAACCCAUCACUGCAGUAUUUGUAAAACCUGUAUUUUAAAAAUGGACCAUCAUUGCCCAUGGCUAAAUAAUUGUGUUGGUUUUUAUAACCACAGACAUUUCUUUCUAUUCUGUUUUUAUAUGUGGGUUGGUACUAUGUACGUUAGUUAUGUUGGUUAUGAUUUAUUUAAACAACAUUUCUAUGGUAAUAAGGUGUUGAUAUUUCCAGACUUUUUAUAUCCAUUAAAUCUUGCCAGAGAAGCAAUGGUUAGUUCUGGGAUUACAUCAAAAGUUUUGGUAGAGAAAGGGGAGAAGAAAGAGGAGAAAAAAGAUGAAGAUGAUGUGGAACAUCUUAGCAUCAGUUACAGUGAUAAAACUUUUCAUAAUCUAGUCAUAUUUGAAUUUUUACUAUGUACUGGUGUAUCUAUUGCAUUAGGACUAUUAACAAUGUGGCACUUCCGACUUAUCAGUAGAGGAGAAACUAGUAUAGAACAACAUAUAAAUAACAAAGAAAGAAAAAGAUUAAAAAAGAGGGGAGUGGUUUUUAAAAAUCCAUACAACUGGGGUUUUAUUGCUAAUUGGAAACAAUUCUUAGGUUUAACCAAAAAUAGGUCUUUUUGGAGACAUGUAUUAUUACCAUCAAAUCAUUCUUUAGAAGGUGAUGGUUUAAUAUGGGAAACUACAACUUAUAGUUUUAAAACAGAUCAAAAUGGUUUACAAUUAUUAUGACAUAAACUUAAAUUCAGUUAAUGUCUUAAAAUAUAUUGUAUAAUAUACUGUAAUAUUUUUCGAGUAAUGUUUAUCUGUUGGGUGUUGUGGUUUAAUAGUAUGCUUGCAGGGACCGUAAAAUAUAAAUACCUUUAUAUUUUCAUAAAAUUUUGUCAUCUUCUAUACUAAUAUUUGUGACUGUCGUUUGUCUGUCUGUCUGUCUGUUUGGGGUUGGCGGCUACACUAGGUCUGCCCCGAGUCUGAAAUUUGGGAUAUAGGGGUAGCUCGGACCAGGGAGUAACAUAGGCCAGGUGGCGGUAGUCUACCACUUCUGGUUUUGGGGUUAUGACCCCCGAGCAAAGCUGGGCAUUCUUCUAGUUUCUCAUAAAAUUAUCAUAAAAUGGAAAAACAUUGUAAAAAAUAUAAAAUUUCACUGUUUCUCAUGGGACGAAAAUGUUUUCAAAAUAUAAAAUCAACCAUAAAUCGCUACUCCCAGUAAUAAAUUUCUAUGCUAAUAAAUCCUGUUUUGAAUAAGAAAAUCAUCCAGGAAUUUUAUGACCCCCAGGUUUAUAUUUGACAGUGCUCAGUUAAUGUUAUGAUGGUAUCUGUAUAUGAAAUGAAAUUUGGGUUUAACAUCCUACUGUUCUGCUCCGACUGGGCUAAUGAAGACACCCGAUGAGUGAUGGGCAGACACCAUUCAGUGUGCUAUGAGGGAAAUUUUGCCCUGACAGCGGCACUAAGGUCUACUCUUAUACUCUGUAUCGAAUUCCAACUGCCAAGGGAUCCUUUAUGUGCACGCCAAUGUGUACAUGGGACCUCGUUUUUUUGUGCCAUCCAAAUGACUAGAUAGCUGUCCUUGUCAGGUCCUGCGUCCUGCACCACUGCCAAGGGAUCCUUUAUGUGCACGCCAAUGUGUACAUGGGACCUCGGUUUUUUGUGCCAUCCAAAUGACUAGAUAGCUGUCCUUGUAAGGCCCUGCGUCCUGCACCACUGACAACUUUCGCGGCCAACACCGGGAGUGAUCCUAUGACCUCCCGGCUAGUGAGCCAGUAUCAUACCCGCUUAGCCAUUGUGGGUAUUUGAACAUAGGAAAAGAUGACUGCGACCAUUAAUACCACAAGUGGUGGGACGUUUUUAUCCGCAUAAAUGUCAGUGCAGUUAUAUAAAAAAAGUCAUAAUAUUUGAUAAUGAUAAAAACAUAAAAGUCAUGAAAUGUGAUAAAAACAUUAUAAAAAUAUCAUAAAUUUGAUAAAAACACCAUAAAAUUUGAUAAAAACACCAUAAAAAUUGUCAAAUUUCACAAGAAACUUUCAUAAGAAUAUGAAUUUAUAAAUAUCUGUGUACGGUCCCUGUGCUUUUAUUGUAUGUUAAUACUAUUCUGCCCUGAACCAAUUGGGGGUGUCCAAACGGUCUAACACGUUAAGUAGCAUGGUUUUGAUUCCCAGCUUGUAUGUGACAAGUAGGGUUUCUUCCCACUGCUAAAGCCCCUUACUUGCACGCAAAUUAUUGAAGUAAAAUUGAACUACAUGUUAGUUCAGAAAUGACUUAGUUUAUGUUAGAUUUUUCAGUCAGUGCUCCAAAUUUAUGGAAUUCCAUUGAAACCAAACGAAUAAAGGAAAUUCUUUUAUCUUUAAACUGAACUUUUUAAAUCAAAUAUACAACCGAUUCAAUAUGAACCUAGCUUUUUUUGUGUCAAGCUUUUACUAAAUCAUGUUUCUAUGAUCUAUGUUUUUUAUAUCUUUUUCAUUAUGGGUUAAUUAUUGUUGCUGUAUUUAUUUAUUUUGAAUGUUGUAUUUUUACAAGCAGUUAUCAUGCAAGAUAUGCCAACAUUUUGCAAGAGAUGGAUAGAGAACAAGCUAAAUAAACCAAUUUUUCGUACAGUCAGGGACCAUAGUCAAAAAACGGAUAAAAAUUGUGACCUCCACAGGGUCCACAACCUUGGUAUUACAUACUUUUACACCAUUUGCGUACAGACAGCAGACAUUUUUUCGGUCAAAAUGUUUACGAAAUUUGAACUGAAGCAUCAUUACAAUGUAACAGUGAUACAAUUUAACAGUUUUAGAUUAAAUAAAAAUUGAGACCUCUGGAGGGUCCACAAGCUGAAAAUGUGAUUUUUCGUACAAUCAGUCGCCAUAGUCCAGGAAGUUACAGUCAGAUAUGCACCAAUAUCAAAAGGAACUGAGAUCUGUGGGUUAUAAACAUAUAUCUUAAGCUUCAUCAAAAUCAAAUAAAAAUUGUGACCUCUAGAGUGUCCACAAACUAAAAACAUGACUUUUCGUACAAUCAGGGUCCAUAAUCCACAAAAUUAUGGUCCAAUACAUGCCAAUAUCGAAAGGAACCAAAAUCUUUGGGGUAUAAACCUAUAUUUUAAGUUUCGUCAAAAUUGGAUAAAAAUUGUGACCUGUAGGGUGUCCACAAACAAAAUGUGAACGGACGGACAAAGGCAAUGACAAUAUAGGUCCACAUGAAAAAUGUGGCUGGAUAAAAAAAAAGAGCCUGAGAGCAGCUUGCAAUUUCUUAUUAUUAUUUGUCGUGAUGUUUUUUUCUAAGUAUACAUCAAAUUAAGUGCUCGAAACAAUUUGCUUACAUUUCAGCUUAAAUUAAUUGUAAGUAGUACCAGGCCUCGAGCAUGACACAGGCUAUGCUUACUCAUUUUGCAACAUUUGAUGAUGCUACUUCUCAUUACUUUGCAUUUGAAACCACUGGGCUGGCGACCUGUGACUGCAAUGUUAUCUUCUGCCAUUUAGCCUUUGGCUUCUGAAUCCUGGUCCAAACCAUUCUGGGGGGGUGGAUGGCCGAAUGGUUAGCACGUGCGCGCUGUAUCAUGAGGUCCGUCAUUGAAUCAACUUGCAUGGUUUCAAUUCCCAGGUUGUACGUUACAGGUUGCAGGGUCGCCUUUCCAGCCUCAUGGGUCUUCUUCAGGUACUCCAACUGCUAACGACCCGUACAUGCAAGCGAAUUAUUGAAAUAAAAUUGAACCGUGUGUUAGUCCCGAAAGGACCUAGUUGUGUCGAGUGGACGUUAAACCUCUCCCUCUCUCGCUACCUUUACUUAGUGACAGGACUGGUGUCAAGCAAGAGGAUGGUUAGGCUCUACAACACCUGAUAUCAUUUCUCAUUUGAUAAGGUCACAGACGGUAUUUCUUCUUGUACUUUGUAAUGUACAUGUACUUUUCAACUAAACCCAAAAUGUUAGUGCCUGUGGUCCCAUUUAAAAAAAGGAGCAUUAUUCUAUUUUGUUUAUCAAUACCAGUAAAACCUGUUAGUACAAUGAGAUAACUUUAUCCCGUUUUCUGUAUUAAUACCAGUAAAACUUGUUCAUAUACAGUGGACUCUGUCACAUCCGAUCUCUGAUCACUCCGGAUUGCUGUGACAUUCGGUAUGAUUUUCAUGUCCCGAUUUAUUUCCUUAUUACUUCAGCCAAAAAAUCGCUGGUAAAUCCGGAUUCUGUAUGUUCCGGAUUCCGAAAUCAAUCAGCCGUCCCGUCACAUAAUUUCCAUUGAAUCGACACAGUAUAAUCCGUACUUCAAACGGUGGGUGUGAAGCAUCCAAUUAUCGGUGAGAUUAAAACUCAAUGGGUGUGAAGCCAGAAAAGAUUAACAAGUAAUCACCAAUCAAUUAUCGGUGAGAUUAAAACUGUGUUGAUUACUUUGAUCGGUAAAGCAGUGAACCCAAGUUGUUUUAAGGGAGUGGACAAGAUCUACCUGCCAGUCAAUUGGUCGGCUAAUCGCAAAGCUUGGAUGACAGGUGCCGUUUACUUUGAUUGGCUUGAAAAACUGGACAUAGAACGACAGAUUAUAAAUGACAAUUGACUGAAGACGGGGACGAUGAAGAAUAUACAUUAACGACAGACUUGACCUAUUCAAAAUUCCUACGCAUGCUCAACAACAUUAAACACUUCGCACAGAUUAAGGACGAAAAGAUGAUCGCAACAAUUCAUUUGUUAUAAGAUGUUGCCCAGGACUCCGCUUUACGAUAUGCUUCCGGUAAUCUUAACUAAGCAAACUACUUUAAACGAUUACAUGCAUUGAUAUUUAUAAAUAUAUUGUACGCAUGCAUUGAUAUUACAUGUAAACGAUUUAUGAAUAUAUUGUACGUAUGCAUUGUUAUUGUUAAUUAUUUAAUAUAAUAAAAUUUUGAAAGUACAGAAAAGUUUAUCAUUUAUAAAGGGAAUAGCAUUCUGGUGAUUCGAAGCAGUAUAUAUUUCUAUGUUCGAAGCUACAAUUUAAAAAUACUUCCGUUUUUCGAAGUUACAGUAUUUCCAGUUUUGGAGAAAACUCGGUAUUCCGAAACGCUGUGUGAUCCGAAUUAUUGUAACGAUCCCGCACGAUGUCGGAUGUGACAGAGUCCACUGUAGUUGUAUACAGUGAGAGAACCAGUAUUAUGCUUUAUCUAAACGUGAGAAGUAUUUACCAAUUGUUGUCAUUGUAAGUGCUAAGAAUUGCCAAAAUAUUGGAAUAGUAAGAAUAUAUAAUAAAUAGAUGUUUAAUAUGUUUUCCAAUAAUGACAUUAAAAGAUUAUACAUGUACAUAUAAUACAACUUACUGCUCAAUUCGAUUCACUAAUAAUUUAUAGAAAAUGUCUAAAACAAAAAACGGCCAAGUAAAUGCAUUUCAUUACUGUAAAUAUGUAACCAGGUUUGUCAUUUUUUUUGUAUUUGUUUACUAGCAAAAACCAUAAAACAAUAAAAAAUAUUCAAUGAAUGUUGUUUUGAUAUUAAUACUUUAUCCUAUUGAUAGGAUGAACAUAAUUUUAAUCCCAAUGUAGUUCUACAUUGACUGUGAUAUAUCUACUAUGCCUGAUAGAAUACUCUUAAGCGAUAUUUAUGGUUGUCUUUAUCAAUUCAUUAUAACAAUAAAAUAUUCAAAACAGUCACCAGAAGGAACAUGGAAUUAUUGUUAUUUUAGGCAGUGAUUAAAAUGGAUUAUGGAAUACUGCUGCAACAUAAUAUACAUUACAUGUAUAUACACACCAUUAAAGUCAUAGUACCUAGCAGAAGUGAUGAAAUCACUGAAUAUAAUGUUAUUCUUCUUAAAGAAUUUAACCACUUGUUUCAUUUUUUUA